UCGCGCUCACCACCGUAGCUGUCAUAGCUGGGCGGUAAACAAUCACAAGCAAUAUCAACAACGUCGUCAGCUAGUGUGGUUAAGUUUCUUACGGUUAGGUUCGUAAGAGUAAAAAUUUGUCCGUUCACCGGAACUCGAAAUGUCGCUCAAUAUAUCGUUGGCGGAAAUUCAAGCGACCAUGGUUGCGGCGGCCAAGGUGAAACAUUCACCGCACGCCGCAACGGUCAAGGCCCUACCGUACGCCAUUUCCACCGACAUACUGGAUGAUCUGGCCAGCCGCUUCAUCAUCAACGUGCCGGUGGAAGAGCGUGAAAACCUGAUCCGUAUCUGCUUCCAAGUCGAGCUAGCGCACUGGUUCUACCUGGACUUUUACUGCUCGGAGAACAAACAGAAGUGUGGCAUCAAGCAGUUUGCCCAGCAGAUGUUCAUGCAUGUUCCAUUUUUACAACCGCAUUGCAGACAGGUAGAUGAGGUGCUGGAGAACUGGAAGCAGUACAAAGUCACCGUUCCGACUUACGGUGCGAUACUGCUAACGGAGGAUCUGAAACACGUUCUGUUGGUACAAUCGUUCUGGGCGAAAUCUUCGUGGGGCUUUCCGAAGGGUAAGAUCAACGAGAAUGAGGAGCCGCUUCACUGCGCUAUUCGUGAGGUGUACGAAGAGACGGGAUACGACGUAACAAAUCUCAUCAACCCCGGCGAAUACAUUGAGCUUGUGAUAAACUACCAGUUUACGCGCCUGUACCUGGUGCCGGGUGUGCCCCUGACGACAGUGUUUGCACCGAAGACACGCAACGAAAUCAAGUGCUGUGAGUGGUUCCCGGUUGAUCUGCUUCCAGUGACGAAGCACGUAAGCAUCGUGAAGGACAAUCAAAACAUUUCCGGCAACUCUUUCUUCAUGAUCCUACCGUUUGUCAAACGGUUGAAGAAGUGGGUCGCCGAAUCGCACGGCAAGGGUGGUAAGGGCAACAAGUCCACAGGCAAGGGGGCAAACCAUUUGCAGGCAUGCAAUUCCCCCGUGUUCGGGCGUGGCGAGUCAUCUGGCAAGCAGAAGAUAUUUUUCGACAACAACAUUGUCGGCAGCAGUGGAGGCAGCGGUAGCAAGAUUACAGCCAACCAGCAGUCUCUUCAGCAGCAAGCACAACGACAACGGCAGAGGCAUAAAUCGAUGGGUGAAAUUGAUCCGCAAUCUGGGGUCACUCGCGUUGAAAGCGCUUUUGGUUCACCAAACAAUGAUGGAAAUCGAUCGCAACGUGAAAUGAUCGACCUUUACGAAGACUUCACGUCGAUCGUCGAUCGGUCGACGUCGACAGCGACCAAAAAGAUCUCCCGUAAAGAGAAUGUAAAUCAGUUUCAGCAGCAAUCGCAGCAACAGCAACAACAGAAUGGUAACCAGCAGUUUUUCAAAAAUAGCCCGAAUGUUGCUCAAGUGCUACAGAAUGAUGGAAACCGACCGCAGCGAGAGAUGAUGGACCUUUACGAAGACUUCACGUCGAUCGUCGAUGGAUCAACUUCAGCGACCAAAAAGAUCUCCCGCUGGCGGAAAAGGCAAGAUCAAUCGCUGGCGGGAUCCACGGGUUCGGCAGCAGCACCAUCGGCCCCCGAGCCCCCUGUUGAACGGCCGAUGAAGCCUCAAAUAAAAAGGAAACUUUUUAACUAUACACCUCCUACGGUGGACGAAAUGGUCGAGAGUGGCAAGAUGAAUGAGAAGACGGAAGAUCCUUUUCUUCAGUUUACCAAGAUCGACGCAUGGGUUGACUUUAAACUGGACUUCAGUAAGUUUCUUUGA